UUAUAAAUAAAAAAAUGAAAAUAAAAACCCAUCAAAUCAAGCUAAUUCUUAAAUGCUUUGUCACUUCUUUUUGGUAUCAUUAUUUCUGAAUCCAUAUAUCACAAGAAUCUCUCGACUUCACUUGUUCCAAAAUUAUAAAUUAUUAAAUUAACAAAAAGUGGUGGUUUCUACUUGUUCCAAGGUAACAAAAACCGCACUUUCUUUUGUUUUUUCUUUCUUUCCCACUUCAACGGCUCAAACCAAGUCAGCCAUGGCCAUGCGGGUGAGCCUAACCUUUCUUAACCAGUCCGUCUUUCUUCUUUUCUUCUCUUUCUCCCUAUUCCUCCAAACCUCUUCCGCAACUAAUAAUGCUGCUCAAGCUCCAUCACAAACGCUAUCUACCAUUCAGACCACGACCACAACCACAAACAGUGGCACUAAUGGCGAUUUCGCCGCUGGCCAUCCUUCUCCGUCUUCAAUGUCUCCCCCGCCGAAUGAAAAACCUAGAUUUUCUUCUUUCAAGCCGAGCAUAGCUGUGAUCGUCGGCGUUCUCACCACCAUGUUCUCCAUCACAUUCCUUCUCCUUCUGUACGCAAAGCAUUGCAAGCGUGGCAACCUUGUCGUCGUAGUCGGCGUCGGUGGUUAUGGCGGCCAUCACCACCACCCCAUUUCCGGUAAUACCUUAUCGCUCACCGCGGCGGACCGCAAGAACUCCGGUAUUGACAGGGCUGUUGUGGAGUCUCUACCUGUUUUCCGAUUCGGAUCUCUAAUGGGCCACAAGGACGGUCUCGAGUGCGCCGUUUGCCUCAACCGGUUCGAAAGCUCGGAGGUCCUUAGACUCCUGCCAAAAUGCAAGCAUGCCUUCCACGUCGAAUGCGUCGACACUUGGCUCGACGCUCACUCCACUUGUCCCCUCUGUCGUUACCGGGUCGACCCGGAAGACAUACUUUUGGUCCUCGACGAUACCAAGAUCUUGUCCCAGAACGACACCGUUUCGGACACUGAGGCCGGAGUUUCAGAUCCCUGCAACGCCGAAGAUUUGGGUCCGGGUUUUCGGCGAGUGUCGGGUCGCCACUCGUCAGCCGGAGAAAGAGGGAGUAAUGGGCUAAUCCAAAUAGUCGUUCAGAAACCGGAGGAGAACACAUGUUGCAAUGAAACGACGUCGUUGAGGAGGUCGCUUGAUGGCUAUUGGUGGUUAAGGAAGAAAAGGGAUUCAUCCGUCACCAUUGGAUGCUUUGACCGAUCAAGAAAAGAUGGGCUUCUGUUGACCACUCAAGACAGGACGAUAAGCUCGGAGCAGCAACAGCAACGCAGUAGGUUCGAACACCGGAUCAUUGUAUCGCCCGGAUGUGGCGGUGGACUCCACCAGAGAUGGAGCGAUGUACAGCCGUCGGAGCUACUAUAUCUACGGUCAGAAAUGAUAAUAAGCGACAGCCGUAGAUUCUCAUCUGCAUCGGGAUCACGCCCGUCAGCGACACGUCAGCAUCUGUUGCAUCAGAAUAGCCAGGUGUCAUUGCACUUGGACAAGGACGGAAAAGGACAAGAGGUCGAGAGGGAGGGAGGAGGAGAAAGAGAAAACAUUGGCUCUGAUGGUAACAGGAUGAGUAGUAAUAGUAAUAUUAGUUGUAGUAAUGGCAGAAGAGUAAUAAAUUCACGAAGCGUGUCGGAAAUCACGGGCCUUAGUAGGUACUCAUCAAACGACAACGGUAGAACAUCAAACGGCAGCCACCACCAGCGGCAACAAAUGAGGCGUCAUCAUCAACGACAGGCAGCAGCCCAAGCGGGGCUGAUGUCGAGAUGGGUGGCUUGGCUUUCUCAGUUGCGGCCAGCUGUUGGGUCGGAACGCAACGCUCAUUUGUGAUUGGUAGUACUCUUCUUUAGUUAGAGGAGAGUGUGUAGGAUUAAAGAAAAGAAGACCAUAAGGUGGUGGGGCAAGUCCAACGACGACAUUUCAGAAUUAUUAAAUAGCAUUACCAAUUCGCCAUACGGCAGACAAAAGCACGUUAUAAUUAUUGGGAAACAAGGAAACAAUGGGCAAAGAAAACCACGUGGAGAGAGGGGAUAAUACAUACUCACUCAUUUAUUUCUUUUGGCAUAUUCUGACACAUUUAUAUAUAUAUAUAUUCUAUUCUUUUUUAGAUGUUCACCUUCUUUUGGAGUUGGACUUUAAAUGGGUAACAACGGUUUAUUACAAGGAUUUUUCUUAUAAGGGAAGAUAUUGGGCUGAGAAGUUUUGUACAAAAAUUUUCUACUCAAGAAAAUUAGAUUGAUUUAGGAUUCCAUUAAUGAGAAUUCAUUUAUUUAUACUUCCAUUUUAUUCUUGUUGAUUUUGGAUGUAGAAUUACAUGUCUUGGAUUUAGAAUUAGAGAUUUAAUUAAGCAAUUAGUCAUUUAAGUCCAUUACAUUACUUAUAAACUUAUUUGUUUCACCAAAUUUUUGUGCCUCUUUAUUUACUGAAUUAUGUAA